UUAUCCAUUUCCCAUACUUUAUUAAAAUCUACUGUCCAAUCUUUGAACCAUUUGAAAUUUUAAGAAGAAAAAAACUUGAAGACAAUUCAAAUUGGUUCCUGUUUUAAUGACACAUCACGGUUGUUAGACGGUAAGCGGCAUUGCGAAAAAGAGAAAAAGGAGAUCAAGGUAGGUCGCGUGCAACUAGCAACUCGCUAGAAAUGGCAAAAAGAGAGAAAGAGCGUAGCGAAAGAGAGAGGGGUAUACGUAGCCGCAGGCAAGGGCGCGCGUGAGCGGGCAAGCGAACCUCAUCCUCUCUCUCGGCCCCUUGACGGCAGCGGUUCUGGCAAGCAGCCACCAUCCAACUCCCCCCACACGCACGACCAACCGCGGCGCGAUCCUCUGUGCGGCUCCCGGCUUCUCGCCCACGACUCACACACGCGCGAAUCUUGGUGAAGAGCCGCCAGCUACCGCUCGUCGAUUCGCAGUCCGUCAUCGUUGCUCGACCAGUGAGGAUGAAAGUGGAUCUCAUAAGAUACAGGAAGAUAAAGGAGGAAUAGAAACUGGAAGAAAGAACGAAAUGAGAUUUCCGUUAUUCCUUUUGAUUUCUCGAUAAUUAAAGAUCGUUUACAAAUUUUUUCAACUUGCUAAUUUUUGUUGUCAGUUUCUAUUGAGAGAUUAUAAAUAUGAUAGAAAGAAACUUCAAUUUUUUUGUGACUGCAACGUGGCUUGACAAGACACGAAUAUCGUGCAAUUUUCUGAAUUUCUUUCUUACGGAUAAUUACAUUGAAAAUGAAACACAUAUCGAAUGGAAUCCUCGAAAAAAAUCAUAAUUCGAAUUAUAAACGGUUAUGUUCGAUGAAACAUGAUUGAAAAUUUGUCGUUAUCGCACGAGGAACGCGUGAUAUCGUAGAGGAAUUAUAUCGACAGGCAUACGUGAAAUGGAAUAAGAUGCAAAGAGGGAGUUGCAGCUGAUACAACGUGUGUAUAUAUGCGUGUUUAUAUUGUGACUAUAGAACAUUUUUGAAUAAUAUGUUAAGAAAAAUGAAAAGAUAUAUUGAAAGACGAUAAUCAAGCGAUUGUAUCAGUGUUGAAACUUUUCGAUUUAUAUUAGAGUGUCAGCGUAGUGCGCGUAAUUUUUUAGAACGCGAAAUGCUGAGUGUCUCAGCUGCGUCCAGUCGAUUACUUUGGACGCUAAAAUCAAUUUUGUCAUCGACACUGUCACCGUCACUGACACCGACACCGACACCGAUAACAACUCCCACACCGUUAUUGUCGCCGUCGCCGUCGUCGACGUCGUCGUCGACGUCCUCGCCGCCGCCGCCGUCGUCGUCGUCGUCGUCGUCGUCGUCGCCGUCGUCGUCGUCGUCGUCGUCGUCGACGUCGUCGUCGACGUCGUCGUCGCGGCGGCUGUUGUUAGUGUCAUCUCUGUCAUUGUUAUUGAAAUCACCAUCGUCGUCGUGGUCUUCGUUAUUACCAUCAUCAUUGCCAUCGUUGUUGCUGUUAUUGUCAUUGUUGUUAGUGUCACUAUUAUCAAUUUUGUCGUUAUCAUCCUUCUCAUUAUUGUCGUCACAGCGGAGGGCCUGCGUGGCCUACUAAAAUGACCGCUCGUCUUCAUUCGUUGAGGCAUCAAGAAAAGAAAUCGGCCGGCAACACUCAUAGACAUUACCAUCAUCAUCAUCAACAAUCCCAACACCAACAAAGCGUACAUCAAGGACCAAGUCCGGCAGCCAGUCCCAGUCCUAGUCUCAGCCCGAGCCCUAAACACUCGGACGGACGUCGAGCUAACAAACCACUAAUGGAAAAGCGACGGCGAGCUAGAAUCAAUCAGUCGUUGGCGGCGCUGAAAGCGCUCAUCCUUGACAGCGCCCGGCUGGAGAACACGAAGCAUAGCAAACUUGAAAAAGCUGACAUUUUAGAAUUAACAGUACGGCAUUUACAAAGGCAAAGAUCUCUUGCUCAGCCUGGUUUAUCAAGAUAUAAGGCUGGCUAUCAAGAUUGUUCCAGAGAGGUAAGUCGAUAUCUCGAUGCCCCGGACAUAAUUACGGGGAACACGACACCGAUGGACCCUGCAGUGAAGCAAAGGCUACUACGACAUUUGGAUAGUUGCGUGUCAGAAUUAGACUUGGAUUUGGGUUCGAGGCCGGAUAGCGGAUUAGGCAGCAGUCCCGGAAGCGUGACGGAUCGAGUGACAGGCUCGGGAAGUCCCGGUCCGCUGGAGCAUCAUGUGCCAUCGACUGCACACUGUAGUACAUCUUUGAAUCCGGUCGGUUUGAUAAAAGCCGAGAUUCCGGAUAUUGAACCAGCUAGACCGGAUAGUAGCACUACCGCCGGCGACGAAAACAACAAUAAUAGCAACAGCAGUAGCAACGGCAACAGCCGGCCAACUUCUGCCUUCGGUCAGGUUAACACCACCAAUCUUGAUUCACAUCAUCAUCAUCCACCUCCACCUCCUCCACCCGGUAUAUCGGUUAUCGAUCAGGCUUCCAACUCGCAACAAAAUCCAAAUAUGUUGUCAGUCGUGCAAGUGAUACCUUCCAGACUACCCGACGGUCAGGUAGUUUUCUUGCUUCCUAGUCAUUACGUACAACUCGCGGCUGCCGCUGCGGCGAACGGUAUCAGUAUCGGGCCGAAUCCACCCACGGCCAUAUGGGCCGCAACUAACAUGUCUCUUCUCAAGGCUACGGAUAAACUCGCCGCGAAACGACCCCACGAAGAUAUACAAGAAUGGCAGGACGCGGCCACUGUUGCCGUUAAUGCUGCUGCUGCUGCUGUUGCCGCAACCGUUGCCGCUGCCGCUACGUCCGGCAACGCUUCUGUUUCCGCUUCCAUUUCCGCUUCCGCCCCCGUUUCUACCUUCGCUACCAAUGCGAUCUCAGCCAUUGGUACAAAGCCAAGCAAAAGUCCAAGGCUCGAGCAACCGGAACAACCGCUCGACUUUACAACUACCUCCAAGAAACCAAAAUCUAGCACGAAAUCAUCGGUAACCGCUGUGAGCAACGCCGAUCAUCAUUUUCAACAGCAGCAACAGCAGCAGCAACAACAACAACAACAACACCAACACCAUCAUCAACAACAGCAAUUCGUAGGCCGUUUAACCACGGAAGGAUCAGUUCCACCGCAUUCGGAAGGCAGACCGUCCAGUCAUACGAGCAGCGAAUUGGUCACAGGAAUUCGUUCACCAUCUCCAAUCCCACAACAACCUUCGAAGGAUGAGGAAGGAAUGUGGAGGCCUUGGUAGAUUGUGAUUUAAUAACAUUCGCGGUUAUGGAUUAUACGAAAAUGUGCGCAUUGUGUUAAAUGUGUUACGUGUAUUGUUACUAUAUAAUAACUGUAUCGAUGGACGAUGGAACGAUGAAAUAUAUACGAAUUACCUGUAAAAAUAAUUCUUCGAAUAUAACAAAAUAUGUACUAUUGCAUGUUGUGUACGGUGAUACUCGAACGCAUUGUAUAUUGUGGAUCGUAAAAAUGUGUGAAAUGUGCGUUUGAGAACACUUUUAAUCUCGUCAUUGUUAAAGAACGCAAUAACGCGUGGAAAAAAUCUGUCAAAAAUAGAAUGGACGCUUAAAACGAAUGACUAGUUUGAAAAAUAGCGUGUACGCUAUUGAUGAACCAUUUCGAACGAAUAUGAGAAAUUAAUUUAACCCGACCGUAAUUACUUACAGUGUCAGUGUUCUAAAAAUCAUGUACACUUGCUACUUAGAUAUACAAAAUAUUACGUAGCAGUUUAUUGCAAUUCGAUCGUUGUUCAUUCGUUUAAUGUGAGGAGUGCCUAAUGAAGAAAAGAAAUGCUAUCAGGGGGAGGGGGGAAGGAAAAGACACUGUGCUGGAUCUAUGUAUUACGGAUUCGAGAUAAGUUACCUGUUCGAAACGUUAAAAAAAUAACGGUAUAUAUAUAUAUAUAUAUACAUGUAUAUGAUAAAAAUUUAUAGGAUCCGAAGAAACGAGAGGGUUUCGUGCAUAGUACUUUAUUCCGCCGUCGUGUACAUAACCCCGAUUGGAAUUAUAAUUAAUGCCGGAUAUAGAUUUAUUUUGAUGUUAACUAGGUGUAUAUGCAUACAAGAAAAUGUAGAAUGAUGCGAAUGCGGAUGAAUCUGUAUCGAAUGUGUGUUGGAAAAAUGCAAAAGUUCACGUUCUAGAUAAAUCACAGUUUUCAUUCACAAUUUACUUCUCUAAUUACUAUGUUGAGAUUCAAAAUUCCUUAUUCAAUGUACUUAGACAUCGAUCAAUAUAAAUAAGCAUACUGACAAA